AUGUUGGUGAUCUUGUUCACGCCAUUUUAUACCCUCGCCACGACGGGCGAGAGUCAGCAACCUCAACAGAACGGCAGGGCGGAAGCCCUGGUCCGAGUCAUCAAGAACCGGGUGAAGGUCCUCCUGCGGACCGCUUCCUUGCCUAUGUCCUGUUGGCCCCUUGCCGCGGAGUUCUCUGCACGUCGCCAGCGCGACUUGGCCCUAGGUGACCGCACAGACGAAGGGUUGCCGUUUGGGGCACCAAUGCACAUCAAACAUAAGAGGUUCGGUGGCGGCGGAAAAUAUGACCUUGCUGAACGCGGGCGUUCCGGCACCUUCGUUGGGUAUUCGGGGGACGUCCGUGGAGGCCGUGUAGUACGUCAUGGUGAUGGGAGUUACACGACGUCGGUGCAUAUCAAGCCGUAUUUAGUGGACUCCGACGAGCUUGUGGAGCACGGGCCCUUCGAGAUGGAGGUCGAGAAUCCUGUACGGACCUCAUGGACCACGAGCGCUACGGCACACAUGAUGUUGUGGAACUAUGGGAGCUUUGGAAUGACUCAGGGGAGUGGUUUACAGAUGCUUGUGGGUCAAUAUACCCACGGCGGACAAUGUGGCGUCGCUUUGGACUCCGAUCGCUUCCCCUUUGCCACGUCCUACUUGGUGAAGGCCUUCAAUGAGAUCACUGGAGAAAGUGACUUCACGUCCAUCCUGGUGACCGAGGAUGCGGGAAUGCAAAUCCACCGGGACGUCCCCAACCAUGGUGGUCGAGACAACAUUUUACUUCCUCUACUACCAUGCGAGCAAGGAGGAGGAGUUUGGAUUGAAUCGGACCCCGCGGACUUUGAUGUCAAGGACGAAUGGAGGCAGUUACCAAGGGGCGACUGGCGCCGUGGCAAGGUCUAUCACUUGAAGACGGGAGAGCCAAUCCACAUCAACCCGAGGAAGUUCCACCAAACGGAAGAGUGGCAAGGAAGGACUGCAGGAGUACGGCUUCGCCCCACCUCCUCUAUACCACCACAAGUUCCGGAACCUCUACAGCAAGUGAUGCUCAAGAUGAUGGAUCUUCAGGAGACGCGGAACCCCCCGGAUGCUGUGAUGUUUCAAGUGAGUGGGAACCCGGAGGAACGCAGGGAGAAGUCCAUCGAGAUCAGCCAGGAGUUGCAACAGUUACAAGAGGAUGUUCUAGGGCGUCUACAAGAGCGUCGGGAAUGGCUACAAGAUUUCCUGGCUGAGGAGGAGAUCCUUGCAGAGGACGUCGAUGACCAAGUGAAGGAAGUGGAGUCUCGGUGCCACGACCUCUACCUCAAGGUCGCCAAUGUUACAGACGACCAGAAGAUUGGGGAUGUCGAGGACUACCUGAUCAACCUCAAGAGGGAUUUGGACGUCACCCUGGAUGUUCCCCUGGACCAGGUCAAGGCGAACCUUGAGGAUUGGAUUGAGCCGAUGAGCAAGGAGCUUUCGAACCUGGAGGCGAAGACGAAUGCAAUUGAGCCCCGGCCCAUGGCGGAAGCGAGGAAGUUGGUGAGCGAAGGAUCGUUGAUCCUCAUCCCGGGCAAGGUUGUGUUCAUGGUUAAGCCCCCAGCUCCGGAGACUAAGGCCGAGAAGAAGUCGAAGGGUCCACGUUGGAAACGGAAGGCAAGAAUUGUCAUUUGUGGCAACAUGGCCUCCCAGUCCUUGAAUGGGCAAGACUUGUACGCGGCUGGGGCUUCUGUUGAGGCACUUCGCUUGGCGCUUGCACUUGCAUCAGGCCUUGGUUGGAUCGCUGCCGCCACGGACGCAAACUUGGUUCCGGAGAACGUUGUGUUUGUGGUCAAGCGAGCACGCUACGGCCUACGUGAAAGUCCGGCGCUAUGGGCGAACCACCGGACGAAGGUCUUGAAGGAGAUUGUGGUUCAUUGUCCUGAGGGAUGUCUAUGGCUGAGGCCUCUGAUCACCGAUGGUGAGCUUUGGUUGAUCCUUUUCCUGCCGACCGGGGCCCAGCGACCGCAGUUGAAGGGCCUCUUGGUGACCUACGUGGAUGAUCUCCUCUACCUGGCGAAGCGAGCUAUUAUCCUGUUGCUCCAUGGCAAGAUUUCGUCUAUAUGGCCCUGGUCAGACCUGGAGUUUUCGGAUAAGGGACUUCGGUACCUGGGAAUGGAGCUCAGGACACGUUCACUUUGGGACAAGCGUGCUAUGUCACCAUAUGUCACCAACCUGGUGAGACUGCAUGGUUUGGACCCGGACGACAAGGCCGCCCUUCCAUGCCCGAGGGAGUGGAUCCAGGAUGAUGAGCAGGAAGCUGAGACCCAGAAUUUCAGCGCGGAGGAGCUCACCCGAGCUCAAAGGUCCACGAACUACAUGGCAGCUAUGACGGCAAAGAAGCCUGUGAAGGUUUACAACGUGGGCUUGAAAGUGAUUGCCUACCUGAACUCCACGAUGAACCUCAAGUUGAACGUCGAGGCAACAGCAGAGCCAACGCAGUCACCAGCAGAGCCAACGCAGUCACCAGUAGAGCCGAUGCAGUCACCAGCAGAGCCGACGCAGUCACCAGCAGAGCCGACGCAGUCACCAGCAGAGCCGACGCAGAACAGACCACAUGAGGCGAUGUUGGAGGAGGUCUUGCCAGGGUGCAAGGUUCCUACUUUGUACAUCGACAACAUGGCGGCGAGCAACAUUUUGAAUGGACCAGCCGGCGGACCUUCCUACGAAGAUGCACAGCAAAGCGAGGCUGAUGCGUUGAAGGUGAUCUGGAAAUGGAUGGGGUCACUUCUUUUCGAGUCAAAAACGGCGAAGAAGUUGAAGAAGCUUCGGGAGUUGGCACGAAUUGCUGUUGGGACUGAGAUUGAGAAGUGGGCGGAAGCCGACAUCUCUGAGGAGGCCACCGUCGAGCAGACCAUCAAUGAGGCGGAUGGGAGUCUUCGGGACUACAAGGCCCCCUACGCCUCCUAUCCCUCGGGACCCUUCACCUUCACCUACCAGGCGAUCAAGCCUCACCCAAGAGGGCAUGAUGGUGUCGGGUAUCAAAUCCGACUUGAUCCGGAGGCUGGCACCAAGGAUGGGAUGCGUGAUGCUCUUGCCCGCAGGGACAAGAGCAAGGAGGAUCUCAACGAUCCACAGGUUGGUAUCUCCGGCUUGCUGCAGGAGCUGCUGUCAAAAACAGCGGAGAAUUUCCAGGCAUCAGAGUCACGCCGGCUGGAAGCAGAGGGCGUGGCCCACGAGCUCAAGCAGCGAGUCGUUCAGCUCGAGGCGCAGCUCAAGAGCAGGUCAGAUCGGCCAGAAGCCAGUCCUGGCGAGCCGAUGGAGCCCGACGUGGAUCGUGUUUCGCUGGUCAGGAAUGCGCCGACUUUGCCCAAUACACCAUUGUUGGAGACGCGCAAGGUGCUGGAUGCUCGCCGGAUCUCCAGCCAUUCUGCCUUGGCGUCGCAGGUGCAACAUGACAGCAUGUGUGACGAUUGCAGAUCGGGGAACUUUCAGUCCCGGUCCUUGCUCUUGACCGCAGCUUGA